AAUUGUUUGGUAGCACUCGUGUCACUAGACCUAAGGAUGAGGGCUUUUAUAUACUCGCUUGGCUGAAUUUUGCGCAUUCACAAAACUGUGCUAAAUCAAAUAGACAUUGUAUCUAUAUUUUAUUUAUUUAUUUUAAUUUAUUAGUGAUAUGGAUUUACCAAAAACAUUUCUGCACUUUUCAUCUGUCAUCUUCAUUAUUUUAUAUCUGGAUUAUACCAAGUCGGUCUUGUCAGCCUGUAUCCCUGGAGAUAACUGUCCUACCACUUGUCCAGAGAACUGCCUGGCUGGGUGCACACGGACGGAGAGGUGCCUGGGAGGGUGCCGACCAGGAUGGCGGGGGGCCAGGUGUGACGAACGCUGUGACCCUUUUACCUAUGGUUCUAACUGUAAGCUGCACUGCGGACAUUGCCUUGAUGAUAAGCCCUGUGACAUGAAAACUGGAAUGUGCGAGCACGGGUGUCUCCCGGGGUGGACGGGGAAACUCUGCAAAGACCCUUGCAAGGCUUUUACUUAUGGUUUCAACUGUUCUGGAAUAUGCGGAAAAUGUCAGUCCGGGGAUCCUUGUAACAGAGAGACGGGAGACUGCAGUAAGGGGUGUGAAGUGGGGUACAGUGGGGACCGCUGUAAUCUAGAAUGUCCUCCGCAGUCCUAUGGGAUAGCCUGUUCUAUGUCAUGCGGAAAAUGUAGGAAUGGGUCAUCCUGCGACACCGUCACGGGUCACUGCUCAGAUGGAUGCGAGCCGGGCUUGAUCGGAGAAAAAUGUGACCGACGAUGCCCACUUGGUUUCUUUGGUCAUAUUUGUAAAAGCAUUUGCGGGAAGUGUCAAAAUGGUGCCUGUGACCAUGUGACCGGAAAUUGCUUAGCAGGAUGCAAGCCGGGAUGGACUGGUUCAAUUUGCGCCGACAAGUGCGCUAACAACACUUACGGUCCUAACUGCAGUCUGUCCUGUGGCCAUUGUCAUGACGGGGAGAGCUGCGACCCCAGCCGGGGAGGGAUGUGUACCAAGGGGUGCUCCAGCGGGUGGAGAGGCCCCCGGUGUGACGAAGGAUGCCCAAAAGGAUUUUACGGGCUGGCUUGUGGUUACAAGUGUGGUCACUGCUCUGAAGGGGAAGCCUGUGAACCACAAAACGGUACCUGUACCAACGGUUGUGUGGAGGGCUUCAGGGGAGCAUUCUGUACAGAUUCUGACGAGGCCAGGAAUCCGUUGACCCACAGCUUAUUGAUGUCAGUACUAGUGUCAGUUAUCGUGGUUCUCCUCUUGUUAUUCACGGCCACAGUCAUGUACUUCGUUUGUGUGCGGUACAAACAUGGACUGUUUAGUCGCUUUUACAGGUUAUCAACGAGAAGUUUACAAAGCCCAGAACUACAUCUGUAUGAACAGGUCUUGUCUGGCCCGUUUGAACUGAACAAAUAUAAUCUGAUUAUAACCAAUGAAAAACUCGGACACGGACAAUUUGGAAUGGUUAAAAAGGGCUACGUCAAGCAAGACAGAGAUCACAAAAUACCAGUAGCGGUAAAAUCUCUAAAAGAGUCGUCUUCGGAGAGAGAUAAGAACGAUUUUAUGAAUGAAUUAAAUAUUCUGAAGAAAGUUGGCCAGCAUCCAAAUGUGGUGUGUCUGGUCGGUGCCUGUCAUAUACAAGGGACUAUGUUUGUUGCAAUGGAGUUCUGUGUGAACGGUGAUCUGAGGUCAUAUCUGAGAAAGAUGAAAAGGUGCAAAAAUAAUUUGUACGCAAACGCAAAGGUUAUAUCGCCCAUACAAAAAUCAGUCCUGCUGAAAUUUGCACUAGAUGUCGCCUCCGGUCUCUCUCAUCUUGCAGACAGACAGAUCAUUCAUAGAGAUGUGGCUGCACGCAAUGUUCUCCUGGAUGAGCAUCUUAUCGCCAAGGUGGCAGAUUUUGGACUGUCUAAAAACGACGACACCUACGUCAAAACUUCCAAUACUCGAGUUCCUGUAAAAUGGCUGGCACCAGAAUCGUUAUUUAAUGCAACCUACACGACACAAAGCGACGUAUGGUCUUUUGGGGUCCUGCUCUGGGAGGUUUGCACGCUAGGUGGCACUCCAUACCACGGAAUAGACACGGCCCAAAUGUGUCAUCUACUCAAACAAGGAUUCCGCAUGCGCAGACCAAGAACUUGUGAACCUGCUCUGUACGCAAUGAUGUUGCAGUGUUGGAAUGAAAACCCCGAUGCUCGUCCGUAUUUUAGUGACAUUGUUUUGCGUUUACAGCGCAUGCUCGACGAUAGUCAGGUGUACAUGAAUCUUGAUGUCAAUGAGGGAAAUCAUUAUGCUGAAAUCAAGUGACAUUAGAUUUCGAAAAGUUCGUCUCUAAUCGACUUCUCACGCAUGCGUCUCAAGGAUGUUGUGUCAAGUUUUUCAAGCAUUCCCGGAAAAAAAAUGUGUGGUUACCCGUAGUGUUUACAUGCAUUUCAUUCAGAGCAAGAUUCGUGAUUUUUGCUCCUGAAAUGACCAAUCAUAUACAUACUUCCUGUUUUAAUGAUGGUGUCGAAUGCUUUAUAAAAGUUUGUAUUUACACAAAGACCUACUGAUAAGAAAUUUGAGGAUGACUGCGUAUCAAGACACCUCUUUUUUGUUUCUUGGAUAAGUUGCGUUUGAAUAUCAACGGACUUGCAAUAAAACAGACAUGGAUGCAAUCACUUGUGAUAUUAGUAUUUAUACAUUACCUCCUUGUGCUGGACACUACUGAGGGGGUAUUUAUUUAUUACAUGUACAUGUACAUGUUUGUUUCUAACAAAACUGAAAAUUUAUUAUACUGCAUAUUUUAUACACUUUUUUUUCUUUAUGACUAUCUCGUUUCCAACGAAUGACCUUAAAGUUGUUCAACUGCUUCUUAUAUAAUUAAGGUCUUUCGUAUUCUUCAUGGUAAGGUUAAAACAGUGCAGUCUGGUUGAAAUUAAGUGCCAAAUAAGAAAAGCUGUAUACAAACAUUAAAUAUUAUAUUGAUAUACGUUAUUAAAUAUAUCGACAUUAGUAACUUGUCAUAUGUAAUUUUUGAACUUAUUUAUGCAUCAAUUUACAUGAUAAGAUGUGCAUGGUAUUUGCCAAAUAGAUGUUUUGCAAAAUA